UCCAAGAAGACAGCUCAGCCCUCCGGGGGUUCAUUUCUGAACAGGAAGCCCCGAACCCAGGGCCCAGUGGGCUCUGUUCUCACUCCCCCAUCUCCAGAGAGUUGGGAUUUUGCCCCCCUGAAACAGCCAGGAGGAGGAAUUUUCCUGAGGCAUCGCCAAGCUGUCUUGGGACUGAUCCAACCGGUUACUCCCACCACCCUGGCCGGCCAGCGAGUGGGGACGAAAGUCCUGGUGGCCCUGGAGACUGCACCUGCCAGUGAGUCCAAGCAGCAGCCUGGGGCCUCCCCUGCUCGCUUGCUUCCAGGGGACCCCGGUGUGAGUGGCUGCAGCUCCUUCCAUGGCGUUCUCUGAGCUCUUGGAGCGAGCCGGGGGCAUAGGCCGCUUUCAUGUUCUACAGACCGUCACCAUCCUCUUUGUCAUCAUCUUGCUACCCUCCCACAUGCUUCUGGAGAACUUCUCGGCCGCCGUGCCCAACCACCGCUGCCGGGCGCCCCUCCUGGACAACAGCACUGCCCAGGCCAGUGUCCCUGGGGCCCUAGGCCCCGAGGCCCUCCUGGAGGUCUCCAUCCCUCCGAGCCCCGACCAGCGGCCCCACCGCUGUCUCCGCUUCCGCCACCCGCAGUGGCAGCUGCUGGGCCCCAACGCCUCGGCCACCAACUGGAGCGAGGCUGCCACGGAGCCGUGCAUGGACGGCUGGGUCUACGACCGCAGCACCUUCACCUCCACCACCGUGACCGAGGACCGACUCGACAGGGAGAGGGGCAGGGGGCACACUCGGGCGAUGGAUGUUUGGUGCUCAGCCGGAGCCCCUGGAAGGAUCACCAGUGGGAGUGCUGCGUCUUCUCCAUUCACCCCCAGCCCUGUGAGAGGAGCAGCGCUGUCGCCCCAUCACCUGGGUGAGAACACAGACUCAGCCACAGGCAGCAGCAAGUUGACCCAGCUAGUAAUCAUGGGACCUGGUGUGCAGCUCGCAGGCCCUCAAGCCCAUGGCCCAGUCCAUCUACCUGGCCGGGGUCCUGGUGGGAUACGCUGUGUGGGGUCUCCUCUCCUCCCGGUUGGGGCGGAAGCUGAUCCUGAGCUGGUGCUGCCUGCAGGUGGCCGUGGCCAGCACGGGCGUGUCCUUUGCCCCGAACUUCCUCGUCUACUGCGGUCUCCGGUUCGUGAGUGCUGUCGCCGUCGCCGGCAUCAGCUUGGUCUCCAGCGUGCUCUUGGUCGAGUGGACCACCACGGGCAGGAGGGCGGUCACCAUGGCGGUGCAGGGAUGCUGCUACAGCACCGGCCAAAUGACCACAGCCGGCCUGGCCUUCGCCCUGCGGGACUGGCGCUCCCUCCAGAUGGCCGUGUCGGUGCCCUACUUUGCUUGCUUCCUGGCAUCCUGGUGGCUGCCGGAAUCCGCCCGGUGGCUGAUUAUUACGGGCAAACCAGACCAAGGGCUUCGGGAACUCAGAAAGGUGGCGAGGAUAAAUGGCCACAAGGAAGCCAAAAAGACACUGACCAUAGAGCAUCCAGCAUGGAGGAGGAACUGGCCACCGCGAAGACCCAACAGUCUGUGCUGGACCUGUUCCGGGUGCCUGUGCUCCGCUGGAGGACCUACAGUUUGCUGGUGGUGAGCUUUGUCCAAUUUAUGUCCUACUACGGGCUGGUCCUGGACCUGCAGAGCCUGGGAAGGGACAUCUUCCUCCUCCAGGUCCUCUUCGGGGCCGUGGACUUCGUGGGCCGGUUCUUUGUCCCCCUCGGGCUUCGCUGCUUCGGCCGCCGCAAGGCCAUAGCCAGCGCCCUGUUCCUCAGCGGCGUCUCCAUCCUGGCCAACGUCCUGGUACCAGAGGAUUUACAGACCCUGCGCGUGGCCUUCGCCGUGCUGGGAAAGGGAGGUUUUGCGAUAAACUUCACCUGCUACUCCGUCUACUUAUCUGAAGUCUUCCCAACUUCACUGCGGGUGACAGCCAAUGGCCUCCUGCACUCAGUGGGCCGGGCCGGGGCUGUGCUAGGCCCCCUGAUCAGGUUGACUGGCCAGACCCUGCCCCUGCUGCCCUCCCUCAUCUAUGGAAUCCUCCCCAUCACGUCCGGCUUCAUUGUCCUGCUGUUUCUCCCUGAGACCCAGGGCCUUCCCCUCCCCGACACCAUACAGGACAUGGAGAACCAGUGGAAAACUGAGGCUCAGGGAAGAGAAGUGACUUCCUCAAGGUCUCACAGAUCGGGACCAGCCUGGGGCCACCGGAGAGAGGUGGUCAUUACAGAAAGCACCUGGCUCUAGGAAUGCUGCCUGCAGAGCUCCCUCUGGCUGAAGGCCCCUGGGGAGGGUGCUGCCCUUUCCUCGGCCUCGAGUGUGUGGCUGAGUGAGCAGAACGACUUCAGACUUCUCAAAGCAUCACCAGGAGCUGGACGGCGAUGGAGUGAUACUUCCAACAUUGGGAGGGGGUGGAAUCCUUAGGAAAUGGCUGAUUCCAGGUCUGGAGCAGGAAAUGUAUGUGAGCCUGGAACAUUUUGUCAACCAAGAAAGCACAGACCAGUGUGGUUGUGUCAAAAAAGAGGGCUUGGUCAAGAAGAGGGGUGACAAUGGGAUUGCGAAAGCCAUAAGGACCACAUUCCACUUUGUCUAGUUUAUGGAUGGAUGAGUAGAAAAAUAGGGGAAGGAAACAAACAAACAGACAAAGGUACUUAGUGUUCUU